AUGCAAACCUCGCCAAAGUCGGCAGCAACGGAAGGCAGUAUGCCGAGCACUUCGAAUUCAAUGCUGACUCCUUUUGGGUCGCCCACCGCGAGCGUCGGCAUGGGCAUGGAGGCGCUAGAGGAAGUCAACUUCGAGGAUACGAGCCGGGAGGUGCAAGAAUGGAAGCCACAAGACUUCGAGUUUCAAAGAACUUUAGAGAGAGCGGGUCGCAAUCAGGGCACCGUGGACUUAAUGAAGCGCAUCAACGACGGCAGCUUCGUCGCAGUCAAGGUCAUGCCAAUCUCCUGGACCUGUACAGGCCACCAGCAGCAUCUCCGGGAUCACCCCGAGGAUCCCGAGAAUCCUUGGGUGGACCUGGGCAUUGUGCGGUACCUGAGCAAGAAGGGAGCCACGUUCUUGUGCCACUCGCAUGGCAUUUUUCGAGAUAGCGCGUGGCUGUACUGCGUCUCCGAAUUCGCAACAGAGGGCGAUUUCUUCAGCUUUGUGAGCCGUGGACCGGAACCGGGUCCCCGGAGGGAAGACGCGCUGAGGCCCUUCAUGGUGCAGCUGUUCUCGGCCAUGAGAUAUCUACAUGAUCACUACAUCGCCCACUGCGACGUCUCCAUGGAGAACUUCCUGGUCACCAAGAACUCCACGGAUGGCCGUCUCGAAAUAAAGGUCAUAGACUUUAGCAUGGCCGUUGUCGGCGAGAAGCUGAUUUGCGGUUAUCGCGGGAAGCCUUCCUAUAGGGCUCCAGAGAUGGCGGUAGCCCCUUUAUACGAUCCUUUUCUAGCAGAUUGCUUCGGCAUGGGAGUGAUCCUCUUCUCCGCUGCAGCGCGGACCUACCCGUGGAUGUCGACGAUUAAGGGCCGAUGCAAGUGCUUUGACUAUGUACUAGACCAUGGCCACCGAAAGUUUUGGAAGACCAGGAAGAUCAAGAAGACUCAGCCCACUCAAAACGUUCAUCAGUGCUUCUCAGAGGAGCUGAAAGUGCUCGCAGAAGGGCUGCUUGCCCUGGAGCCUUCGGCGCGUCUUUGCAUGGAGGAGGCGGUUUGUCACAGCUGGCUCCAUGUUGACGAAACCGUGACCCACACUCCCUUUGGUGGCAAAGCUCAGGGGCACAAGGACGGUUGA